UAGGCUCUUCACAACUAACUUGCACAUUCACUGCCGGACUCACAGCAUCUGCGGGGUCACAGAGUGCAAGGCGUAUCGGUUCUUUCCAAUAAACAUGGAUGGAAAAACGGAUGUAAAGUCCCUCAUGGCGAAGUUCAACACCGGGAGUAACCCGACAGAGGAGGUCUCCACCAGCAGCAGGCCCUUCAAAGUUGCAGGACAAAACUCCCCUUCUGGAAUACAAUCAAAAAAGAAUUUAUUUGACAACCAAGGAAAUGCCAGCCCACCCGCAGGACCCAGCAACAUGCCUAAAUUUGGGACCACAAAACCACCCUUGGCAGCGAAACCUACCUAUGAGGAGAAGUCUGAGAAAGAGCCUAAACCUCCAUUUUUAAAACCGACUGGAGUGAGCCCAAGGUUUGGAACACAGCCAAACUCGGUUUCUAGAGAUCCUGAGGUCAAAGUGGGGUUUCUGAAACCUGUAAGCCCCAAACCCACCAGCUUGACCAAAGAAGAUUCCAAACCUGUGAUUUUACGGCCUCCUGGGAAUAAGCUUCACAAUUUGAACCAAGAGUCUGACUUAAAGACGCCAGGACCGAAGCCAGGGUCUACUCCCCCAGUCCCAGAAAACGAUCUAAAGCCAGGGUUCUCAAAGGUGGCUGGAGCUAAGAGCAAGUUCAUGCCAGCGCCACAAGAUGCUGACUCCAAACCCCGCUUUCCCAGACACACCUUCGGUCAAAAGCCAUCCCUAAGUACAGAGGACGCCCAGGAAGAGGAAAGCAUCCCUAAGAAUAUGCCUGUCCAGAAGGGAUCCCCAGUGCAGCUCGGAGCCAAGUCUAGGGGCGGCCCUUUCAAACCAGCUAAGGAAGACCCAGAAGAUAAAGACCAGGGAACACCAAGUUCGCCCUUUGCUGGAGUGGUUCUGAAACCUGCUGCGAGCAGAGGGAGCCCGGGGCUCUCCAAAAACUCUGAAGAGAAAAAAGAAGAGAGAAAAACAGAUAUUACAAAGAACAUCUUUCUGAACAAACUGAAUCAGGAAGAGCUGGCCAGAUUCCCUAAGGCCCCUUCCAAGCUGACAGCGGGGACACCAUGGGGCCAAAGUCAGGAGAAGGAAGGAGACAAGGAUUCAGCAACCCCGAAGCAGAAGCCCCUGCCUCCCCUGUCCGUCUUGGGCCCGCCUCCAUCCAAGCCCAGCAGACCACCCAACGUUGACCUGACCAGAUUCCGAAAAGCUGACUCUGCAAACAGUUCCAACAAAAGCCAGACACCUUACUCGACAACCUCCCUGCCACCACCUCCACCUACACAGCCAGCCAGCCAGCCACCGCUGCCGGCGUCUCACCCAGCACAUCUGCCAGCCCCCAGCCUGCCCCCCAGAAACAUUAAGCCUCCCCUUGACCUGAAACAUCCUAUAAAUGAAGAAAAUCAAGAUGGUGUCAUGCACUCUGAUGGUACUGGAAAUCUAGAAGAGGAACAAGAGAGUGAUGGAGAAAUGUAUGAAGACAUAGAAUCAUCCAAGGAACGAGACAAGAAACGGGAAAAAGAAGAAAAGAAGAGAUUAGAGCUAGAACGAAAGGAGCAGAAGGAGAGAGAGAAGAAAGAGCAAGAACUGAGGAAGAAAUUCAAGCUUACUGGCCCCAUUCAAGUCAUCCAUCAUGCAAAAGCCUGCUGUGAUGUCAAAGGAGGAAAGAACGAACUGAGCUUCAAGCAAGGAGAGGACAUUGAAAUAAUUCGCAUCACAGACAAUCCAGAAGGGAAAUGGCUGGGCAGAACUGCAAGGGGAUCAUAUGGUUAUAUUAAAACGACUGCCGUCAAGAUUGACUAUGAUUCCCUGAAACGGAAGAAGAACACCAUCAAUGCUGUUCCACCGAGACCUGUUGAAGAGGACCAGGAUGUCUACGAUGAUGUGGCUGAGCAGGAUGCUCCUAACAGCCACAGUCAGAGCGGAAGUGGAGGGAUGUUCCCACCACCGCCAGCAGACGACGACAUCUAUGAUGGGAUAGAAGAGGAAGAUGCUGACGACGGAUCCGUGCCGCAGGUUGAUGAGAAGACUAACGCGUGGUCCUGGGGGAUUUUGAAGAUGUUAAAGGGAAAAGAUGAAAGAAAGAAAAGCAUUCGAGAGAAACCUAAAGUCUCUGAGUCAGACAAUAAUGAAGGUUCAUCUUUCCCUUCUCCUCAUAAACAACUGGAUGUGGGAGAAGAAGUUUACGAUGAUGUGGAUGCCUCAGACUUCCCUCCUCCACCUGCAGAAAUGAGUCAAGGUAUGAGUGUUGGAAAGACAAAAGCAGAAGAGAAAGAUCCUAAGAAGCUAAAAAAGCAGGAAAAGGAAGAAAAAGACCUCAGGAAAAAAUUUAAGUAUGACGGCGAAAUUCGAGUUCUAUAUUCAACUAAAGUUGCAUCCUCCUUAACUUCUAAAAAGUGGGGAACGAGAGAUCUGCAGAUAAAACCUGGGGAGUCUCUUGAAGUUAUACAAAGCACAGAUGACACCAAAGUUCUCUGCAGGAAUGAAGAGGGCAAAUAUGGUUACGUCCUUCGGAGUUACCUGGUGGACAAUGAUGGAGAAAUCUACGACGACAUCGCUGAUGGUUGCAUCUAUGACAACGACUAGCACGUAGCUCUGUCCAUCCCGCUGUGCCUCUGAGUGGCCAACAUGAAUUUUAAUUGGAAUGUUCUUGGGUGUUAUAGGAAAAGAAAUGAAUGUACAAAAUGAAAUUUCAAUCUCUUUAUAAAGUUUUGAAGUUUUAAACUUGGGAAAUGCCAGGAAAUCAGUAAUGAGAUAUAAGAGAUAUUGAAAAUCUUUUCUUUAAUCCUGUUGUUGUUGUUGAUGUUGUUGUUGUUGUUGUUAUCCAGGGUUCCUUAUUGUUUAGUUUAGGCCAUCUUCCUGCCUCAGCCUCCAAAGCACUGAGACAACCAACUUGUGCAACCACACUGGCUUAAGGAUCUCAUUUUGCUUCAACUAUGCACUUUGCCUAGACCACCGGUAGGGAAUCUUCUCUGCUGCACGCUCUUUAAGGAAAUAAAGAAAAGAAGAACACAAAGAAGGGCUUUUGAAUCCCACAAGAAGACAGCUUUCACUUGUCAUCACCCCCUCAGAUUACCUACCCCACCAAAGACAGCGCUAACUCCUCGAGGGCCUGAGAGAGUAGAGCGACGGCGGAACAUUUCUAUCAUUUGGCUCCUCUUUGUUUACGCAGAAAUCAUGCGUUAAUUAUUUGAUAAGCGUGCUUUACGCUCUGCAUGCACGUCUAAGAUUAACCUGCACACAGGAGUCUAAAGUCUUAUUCUUGUGGAUCCGUACACACAUCGUUGAAUUCUGUGCCCUGUUUGAAUACCAUCCUUAACUAGAGAAAUGGAGGAGGCUAUCUGACAAUUAAGAACGCUGAGAGAGAACCCUGAAACUCACUCUCCUUUUAGGUGCUGGUGAUGCUUUACUGUGAAGUCUCUUGGAAGGGGUUUUGUGUUUUGCUGUCACUUGCUUCUGCAGAACUUCAUGAUGUUUAUAAACCCUUUACCAGAAAGUUGUUGAGCAGAAGGAACACAAGGCAAUAAAUCCCAGUGCUUGGCCUUGGUGCUCCCCACUGUGACCUAUUCCUCACCACCUUUUCCAGCCAAACAGCACUGGCUUUUGUCUGCUAAGAACACUACCCACCAUGAUCCAAAACAGAGCACUCCAGAAUCCAAGACGGUAACGGCUGAGGUAAUGCUUUUUGAAAUUACUGAAUCCUGACAACCUUGGUUCUAUUACUGACCAUGCUACAACCUUGGCAAUAUUCAUUAUUCUCCCAGUGUUCUUGUAAGUUUGUCCCAGCACUUUUCCUACUACCAACUUCAAGCUUUUACAGUCCCUCAGUCUCAGAUGUACACCUCAGAAGUUCUUUCUUUUUUCUAUUUGAAAUCAUUGAUUAAAUAAUGAUUGAUACAUUAUAUAUGUAUCAAUUUACAUUUUAUAUGUAUCAAUUUGCAUGUAUGUAUGCAAUUUAUAUUAUAUAUGUAAAUUCCAAAGUUCCAUCAGAGUUUCUGGAUUAAUUUUUUUUUAAAGUCAAAAAUUGCAUGGGAUAGAGAAAUAACUGAGUUGGUAAAAGUGUUUGCAGGCAAGCUUGAAAACGGAAUUCCGUCCACAAAUCCCAGAUGAACACGGUAUGUGGAGAUGUGUGCUUGCAAUUUCAAUGCUGGAGGGGCAGAGAUGGGAGGUUCCUGUGGCUCAGUGGACACCCUGUGUAGCCUAACUGGUGAGUCCCACACCAAUGACAGACAUGUGUCAUUGAUGAACAGCAACUGAGGAACAACAGCUAUGGUGUCCUUCGGACUAUAACUAUCUAUAUCCUCUCACAUAGGAACAUGUGCAUACAGAUUGAAAAAUCUGUGAAAUAGCACAAAGCCUUCAAAUGGUUAGGGUUUUAGUAAGUUUUUUUGUUUUGUUUUUUAUUUUGUUUUGGGUUUGCUUGUUUGUUUUUGUGGGUAUUUUUUGUUUUUUGCUUUUUGGAGUUUUUUGUUUUGUUUUGUUGGUUUUUUGUUUUGUUUUGUUUUAACAGGAUUUCCCUGACUGUUCUGGAACUCGAUCUGUAGACCAGGCUGGCCUCGAAUUCACAGAGAUCUACCUGCCUCUCCCUCCCAAGUGCUAAGACCAAAGGCAUGCUGCUACCUAGUCAAGUGUUUUUGAAACAGCAGUGCCUACAGCUAAACAUAUAGCAUGCAGGCUGAGUCUCCAGGGUUGGGAAUUACUUAUCUCGACUAGCCUCUGAUCAGGAAGUAGUCUAGUGGUAUUAGCCAUCAAGUAUCCUUGUGACAAACUCUCUUUAUCACUAGAUAAAAAUUACCUGGCUCAAAGUAGUUGUUUGGUAACUUUGCCGUCAAAGAUAAAUUAUAUGCUAACCUGCAUUUCCAGUAAUUCUCCCUGAUUAAGAGUAGCACAAUUCAAUGCAAAUGGAAGCUUUUUAAAAUCCCAAAUUAGAUCAAGAGAAUAUUUCAGCUUUGAUUUAUAGUCAAAGAAAUGGAUAGGCACCUAUGAGAGAUUUGUGUAGUAAUUAUUUAAUAUAUAUUUGAAGUGUUAAUUUUAAUAUACUAAAUGUGAUCUUUGUUACAGAUUGUGUGUGGAAUUUUGUCCUGUGAGAAGAGCUGCCAAUAAAAUACCUUUUGAGCACGUGA